AUGCCGGACAAGCCUGUCACACGCACGCUGCGGUCGUCUGCACGCAGCAGCGACGCCAACAACAUGGAAUCUUCCACGCCCAUCGCGUCACCAAGCGACACACCCGUACCGCGGUCUUUGCGCUCCUCCAUGCGCAACAAUGGAAACACGACUUCAUCCACUCCCACGGUGGCUAGCGGUUCCACUUCUACGCCAGCAACCGCGACUCCCGUCACCCGCUCCUCUGGCUGGAAGCGUAAGGUAGCAGCAAACGCGCAAAAGGACGAGCAGCUCGGCACGCCGACAACUAGUGUCACGAAGAAGAGCAAGACUACGAACUCCAGCUCCAAAAUUGGCCAGUCUUUGCCAGGCAGUACUACAGCGACCCCAGCCGCUUCUGCUCCGCGCACAUCGAGCCGCCUCGCGGCUAUGCAGUCCGCCGUUGAGCCCGACACGCCCAUUGCAGAUGAUGACGUAGACAAGCAGAAUAAGGCUGUGCCGACCGGCAGCAGCGCUAAGUCAACUCCCGCUUCCGUUCCGCAGCGCACUUCGCGCCGCAUCGCUGGCCUUGGUGUGAUGCAGUCCAGUGUUGACACCAAUCAAAAGGCGGCCGCGGAUGUCGACGAAGGAUCAACGCUCGCUUCGAGCAGCUCAGGCAGGAAGAAGGAUAGGACUGCCACGGUGUCCGAUAACACUCAAGUCACGCCCGCCACUGGUCCUAGCAGCAGCCUCCGUGCUUCAAGCCGCAUCAAAGGGCUCGCUGCUGCCGCCGCGUCUGAGGGGAAGGCUGUCGACACACCCACUGCCAGCCGCACCAAAUCAACCCCGACCGCGACUGGUACGGAGAACAAAAACAAGCCUAUCGCUGCGUCUAGCAGCAUGUCGAAGAAUGCACCCAAGGACAACAACAAGAAGGCCGCUGACGCGGUCACCACCAUCAGCGACCAGCAUACCGCGCCCAAGAAACCAGCCACGCGCCGCAACACUGUCGCCACAUCCUUCUCUCCCCGGCCCUCCGCCAUUGCAAGCAGCCCCUCCACUCCCGAGAGCAGUGAUGAUGACGUCGAAGACGCGCGAGGACAGCUCACGCCCACCGCCAACAUCAAGACCCCGGGCGCCCCGGCCUCCUGGUCCGCCCCGAUGUUCAGGCACAAUGACUUGCACAAGUGGCUCAUCAUCAGCGACUUUGAUAAUCUCGCAGAUGCUACUGCUGCUUUGGCCAUGAGUUAUAUGGACAGUGUUGGCGGUGAGAACGGUGAUGGCAAUAGUGUGAAAGACAGCAGCAACAGCAGUAACGCACUGCUGCCAUUGCCGCGGAGGGUAGAGUUCCUGCUCGCGUUUGAUAAACCGCAUGUGGCUCGUGCAGUGAAGAGUCUGAGGGCGAUGUGCGAGGCUGCAACGGGGGACGUGGAGAAGCUACUUCGGGAAUUGAAGGAGCUUGAGGAUGUUGGCGGUGUGGAUGACGAGAAGAAGGAUGAGGACGUGGUGAUGUCUGGAACCAAUGGUGCUGGUUCUGGAGAUGAUGGUUUGGAUGUUGUUCCGGGUGCUGCGGGAGAAGAAGCGGCUACGACGGACGGUGACGGAGGUGCUGAACCUUCUGAGGCGGGAGAUGACCAUGGCCGCCGCAGCGUCGGUGAGCGUGAGAUCAGGGCAUAUAUCCACGGUGUCGUGUACAACUUCAAGCACCCUUCCCAGCUCAAACCUGCCCGCGACGCCUAUAUCGCCGCCAAGAAGGUCGCUGGAACGACGGAGAGGCAGGCGCACGCCGCAGUGGAAGAGGCAGCAGGUAAGGCGCUGGCACAGCUGACUGCCGAAGUCGAGGCGCAUAGCGAGGCGGCAGAUAGGGUCGACGUGGUUGGGCAGGGUCCAUCUUCUUCUUCGAUAGAAGCAGUUGCUACUUCGUCUACUUCUACCACUACCACUACAGCAGAGGAAAGCACAGGUGCGGCCGAAGAGCGUUCGUCGAUCACUGCACAUCGCCGCCUGUCGUCCCGUAGGGCUACCGCGCCCGCCAACAACUCUUCCCCGUCGAUCGUUCCGCAACACCCCAGCUCAUCUCCCGGCGCGGUCGGUAACGAAGACGAGCAGCAGAAGCAGACGGUUAGCGCUGAUGACGGUGACGUGGACAUGACGGACCCUUUCAUUGAGCAAACGGUCUCUACGUUGGCGGAUAACUUGCACGCUAAGCGCGGUAAAGAUGCUGAGCACAAAAUCCCGCUCCCUUCGUCCGUCGCGGAGCUUGUGAAGCAGCACCGAAGCAAGCCAGUCACGAAGAUGAGUGCGCGGCAGAUGCGCAACGAGAUUAUGCGGAAGUGUUCGUUGAGAGAGAGGUUGGUUGUGGAAGGAUGGAGGCUAAGGGCUUUGGUGGCGGCGGCGAGAACGAGGAGAGAUGAGCAGAAUGAGCAAAGGGAGCCUGAGAGUGAAUUGAGCGGGGAGGAUCAUUCUGAUGGUCCGUCGGCGCAGCUCAGGGACGGAAUGACGACGAGCGAGGAGAGAGGUGUGGAUAAGGAGCUGUUGGCGUUGGUGGAGAGUGUGGUUGGUGGACAGAGCGACGAAGACCAGGACAUGACGGAUGUUGAUUAG